AUGAGAGUUGACAAUUUUCUUGCUUUUCUCUUAUUCAUCACAGUUGCACAAGUUCAUGGAGCCACAGCCACUGAGAAGACAAAGCAUUAUAUAGUUUACAUGGGAGAGCAUUCACACCCCAAUGAAGAAUCCGUGAUCAAUGAUAACCAUGAGAUACUUGCUUCAGUUACUGGAAGUUUCGAUGAAGCGAAGGAAGUAGCUCUUCACCAUUAUACGAAAAGCUUUAGAGGUUUUUCAGCCAUUCUAACACAAUAGCAAGCUCAGCAGCUUGCAGAAAGUGAUUCGGUUGUUUCUGUGUUCGAGAGCCGAACGAAUCAGCUCCACACAACGCAUUCAUGGGAUUUUUUAGGCGUAAACUCUCCCUAUGCGAAUAACCAAAGGCCAGUGACUUCGUCAGUGUCUGAUGUUAUUGUUGGUGUCAUUGAUACAGGAUUUUGGCCCGAGUCUGAGAGCUUCAGCGAUACAGGCUUAGGCACUGUGCCUGUGAAAUUCAAGGGAGAAUGUGUUGCUGGUGAAAAUUUUACAUCAGCUAACUGCAACAGAAAAGUUGUAGGAGCACGGUUCUACUUCAAAGGAUUUGAAGCAGAAAAUGGGCCCUUAGAAGAUUUCGGUGGCACUUUCUUCCGAUCAGCACGAGACAGUGAUGGCCAUGGAUCCCACACUGCCUCAACUAUAGCUGGAGCUGUGGUGUCUAAUGUUAGCUUAUUUGGGAUGGCCAGAGGUACUGCAAGAGGUGGUGCACCAUAUGCCAGACUUGCCAUCUACAAGGCUUGCUGGUUUAACCUGUGCAAUGAUGCUGAUAUUCUUUCUGCCAUGGACGAUGCAAUCAAUGAUGGAGUUGAUAUCCUUUCUCUUUCCUUUGGUGCUAACCCUCCUGAGCCUAUUUACUUUGAGAGUGCAACUUCUGUUGGAGCUUUCCAUGCAUUCAGGAAAGGAAUAGUUGUGUCUUCUUCAGCAGGGAACUCAUUUUCCCCAAAGACUGCAGCCAAUGUUGCUCCUUGGAUCCUCACUGUUGCUGCUAGCUCUUUGGACAGGGAAUUUGACUCAAACAUUUAUCUUGGAAAUUCACAAAUUUUGAAGGGUUUUUCACUAAAUCCUCUGAAAAUGGAAACCUCAUACGGUUUGAUAGCUGGAAGUGAUGCAGCUGUACCAGGUGUUACAGCAAAGAAUGCGAGUUUUUGCAAGGACAAUACUCUAGACCCUGCAAAGACUAAAGGGAAGAUUGUGGUGUGCAUAACUGAGGUUCUUUUUGAUGAUCCAAGAAAAAAGGCUGUAGCUGUACAACUAGGUGGAGGUGUAGGAAUGAUAUUGAUUGAUCCAAUUGUCAAAGAAAUUGGCUUUCAGUCUGUAAUACCAAGCACAUUAAUCGGUCAAGAAGAAGCACAACAACUUCAGGCAUAUAUGCAAGCACAAAAGAAUCCAGCUGCACGAAUUGCGCCAACAGUUACUGUUUUGAACACCAAACCUGCACCAAAAGUGACAGUGUUUUCUUCACAAGGACCAAAUAUUAUAACCCCGGAUAUCAUCAAGCCAGAUAUUACAGCUCCUGGUCUGAAUAUUUUGGCAGCAUGGUCUCCAGUGUCAACUGAUGACGCAGCUGGGCGAUCUGUGAACUACAACAUAAUCUCUGGAACCUCCAUGUCUUGCCCACAUGCUUCAGCAGUUGCAGCAAUCUUGAAAUCUUACAGACCUUCUUGGAGUCCAGCAGCAAUAAAGUCAGCAAUAAUGACAACAGCUAUAGUCAUGGAUAACACUCGAAAACUUAUUGGGAGAGAUCCAGAUGACACCCAGGCCACACCUUUUGACUAUGGAUCCGGACACAUAAAUCCACUAGCAGCAUUGAAUCCAGGACUAGUUUAUGACUUUGAUUCCAAUGACGUUAUUAAUUUUCUCUGCAGCACUGGUGCAAGCCCUGCACAAUUGAAAAAUCUCACAGGACAGCCAACUUAUUGCCCAAAGCAAACUAAACCAUCAUACGAUUUCAACUACCCCUCGAUUGGCGUGUCUAACAUGAAUGGAAGCAUAUCAGUGUACAGAACAGUUACUUAUUAUGGUACAGGACAAACUGUUUAUGUUGCGAAGGUUGAUUAUCCACCUGGUGUUCAAGUUACAGUGACACCUACUACUCUCAAGUUCACAAAGACAGGCGAAAAACUGUCUUUCAAGAUAGAUUUUAAACCUCUGAAGACUAGUGAUGGGAAUUUUGUGUUUGGAGCUCUGACAUGGAGUAAUGGUAUUCACAAGGUCAGGAGUCCUAUUGCUCUGAAUGUGCUUUCGUUGUAGAAACAAGCCUUCUACUGCUGAUAGCUUUCGUAGCUUUUGAGUUCACUAAGGUGUAUGCCUUUAUCUUGCAAUAUCCUAUCACAGAAGAUAUGAUGCAUUCAAAGUUCAUAUCAGUUAAAGAAAAUUCAUAUGCUAAGGAUCAUGCAAUUCUCCCCUUUGCAUUAAUU